UGACAACUUAACAUUUGAUAAAAUCUUACUUUCAUGAGAGGUAUCGCGUCGCGUCAGAUUGCAAGAUAACUGGCUUGGGGUGUGAGACACCAGCUUGUUUGUGAGGGCUUGUCCUCCACUGAAAUCAGCCAAACUAAAAUGUCUCUUGUUCACACAGCACAGUUAUGGUGAUUCGAUAGCAUAUCCGGAGAGCUGUCUUGUGCUCCUUCCAUCUCACUUGUACGGCACCAAUACCGCAUGGGAUAUCAAAGAUAGAGAUUUAAAUUGAUCGUGGAAUCUCAAGAAUAGAAUCCGGUGAGCAAAGAGUCGUCCCUUUCCAGCUAGUCUUUCUUGUCAUUGUUUCUUUCUGAGCUAAAAAUUUUCGUCGUCUCAAGGAUUGUAUGGAUCUGAAACAUAAUGACGAUGGUUCCCAACACGUGUAGCCGAUCCAAACUAUGAACGCCAAUGAAGAAUAUAUGCGAGGACAAGUCAGGAAUAUAUACGCCUCAUCAUCAAAGGCAAAGGUUCUCUCUUUACUUCGUUGUCACCCACGCCAGGGGAGGAAUGAAACAGUUCAGCUGAGAACAAAGAAAAGAAGCGCCCGCACGCUAUCCUUCCAUCUCCUCCAUCGCUAAAGAACCAGCAGCAGCAGCACACCGAGCCUAGCCGACAGCCACAAUGGCUCUCGAUGACACCAUCAUAGCCGGCAUCAACUUUCUGGCCGUGCUUCUCUCUGUACCUGUCAUCGGCAUCGGCAUCUGGCUCGCCAUGCAGACCGAUAACUCCUGCGUGCAGCUCCUCCAAUGGCCAGUCAUCGUCGUCGGCAUCGUCAUCCUCCUCGUGGCUCUUGCGGGCUUCGUCGGUGCCUUUUGGCGCAUGCCGAGGCUUCUGCUCUUCUACCUCGUGGCCAUGCUCGUCGUCAUACUCCUGCUGGCGAGCCUCGUCAUCUUCAUCUACGCGGUCACCGUCAAUGGCUCCGGCCACCCGGCUCCAAACCGAGCCUACCUGGAGUACCGCCUGGAGGACUACUCGGGGUGGCUCCGGCGGAGGGUGGAGGGAUCAUACAAGUGGAACCGCAUCAAGAAAUGUCUGAGCUCCACAACUGUGUGCGCGGAGUUGAAUCAGACGUACAGAUUGGCUGAGGAUUUCUUCGGUGCAAGGAUGAGUCCCUUGCAGUCAGGAUGCUGCAAGCCACCGACGGCAUGCGGGUACACGUUCGUGAAUCCGACGUACUGGAUCAGCCCCAUCAGCACCACAUCGGACGUGGAUUGCACGCUGUGGAGCAACGACCAGAUGGUGCUUUGCUACUCGUGCACGUCCUGCAAAGCCGGCUUGCUGGCCAACCUUAGACGAGAGUGGAGGACAGCGGACGUGGUGCUGGUGGUGACCCUUGUGGCCCUCAUCUUCGUCUACGUCAUGGGUUUCUGCGCUUUCCGGAACGCCAAGACGGAUCAGCUCUUCCGGCGAUACAAGCAAGGUCACAACUGAACAGCCAAGGCUUUUAGGUCCGCGACAGGUUUUGCGCCGUGGUGCUAUUACAGCGAGGUGGUGAGGUGGUCGGUGGAUAUUCCUGGAGUUGCUGGAAGGCAAUUUCUCGUCCUUUGAUCAUUGCUCGUAGCACAACUAAUAUAAUGCUUUUGUAAUCUCAUGUCUAAGAUUUAGCUUUUCCUUUGGCUAUUGGAUCAAAAAGUAUUAUUAGAAAAAAAUAUUAUUGAUAUUUUAGUUAGUCCAAUAAUAUUAUUAAAAAAUCUGAUUACAUAGAAUUAUUCGAGGUGUCUUGUAGGUAGGAACUUUGAGCACCUUGGGUGCCAUAUGUACAAAGACCAAGGUUAGGAAAGGUUUUUUUAUUUUAUCCUUUUGACGCUAAGUUAGUAGCUCAUAAGUGUAGAGGAGAAUAGUUAAAAGAAGUCUACUUUUUUUA